AUAAUCUUCUCCUAAGCUAAGAAGAAAAAUCCUAUCUUUAUUUCCACUUGCUUUCUCCUAUAGUUUUGGCUAUUUUGGGAAAGUUUUCUUCCUCAUUUUCUUGCAAUUUUCAGAAGGGUUAAUCUUAUGGAGUGGUUUUCUCGCGUUGAUGAUGGUGAUGUUGUUGUUCCUAAAAGCUUUGAUGGUUUUUCACCAUCUUCUGAUAGCUGGUCACAGUGGGACUCAACACCCUUUGGCAAUUUCAAGUCAGAAAUGAAAAGGAACAAUAUAAGGUCAUACGAUGGAGCUGAAGAUUGUAAAGUGAUCGGGAAUGGCCUAUCUAAUGAUGUUGACAUGAAAAACUUUGGAAUUCAUGAGGAGCCUUUUGAUAAUGCAGCUAACCAAGCUUCAUACUGUGAUAUGGAUCAAUGGUCCUCAUAUCCACCUGAGCAGCUGGAAUUUCAUCUUGAUAACUUUACCUCAAUCGAUCAGUUGGAUGAUGUGUUCCUAAGUUCCUUACUCGACGAAGACUGUCCAACUGGAAUGGAUGCAUCUGAUGAGUCAUCAACAGAUUCCCGUUGCAGCAUGCUGCUGGAUGAUGAUCAAGUAAGAGAUAUGACGAGCAACACUUGUGCUGGUACUGCCAAAUAUUUCUCUGCACAUGCUUUUACUUCACCAGUGGAUUGGGAGGGGCAAGAAGUUAACAAUUCUUAUUUGCUGAAAAAGGCACCACAAGCAGAGGUUGCCGUAAAAUUGGAGCAUGAUAAAGGAGAUAAUAAAGUGAGUGACGAGGAAAUAUCCAUGGAGGAAUCCGUCCUACAGCACCUAGAAAAUCUCACAUCUCAGCUGACAGAGGAAACCAGAAUCUGCUUCCGGGAUUCUCUAUAUCGUCUUGCAGGAAAUUCAAAACAUGAUGCAUGUCAGAGUAGGAAUGCUAUGCCAGAUCAAGAUUCUACGUGGUUCAACGAGGAAGAGACUUCAGAAUCGCGGACGAAUGUUAUUGACAGAACUGUCGCCAACUUUUUGUUCAGCAACGUUGAGUUUGGUGCCUCUGAAGGCUCAUCAUUGGACUUUACAGAAGCCACCAACAUAAGACAGCAUUCAAGAGGUGGUAUGUUGUGGAAUAUCUCAGCAGGUUCCUCUGGUUGUGAUGCCCCUACAUUUAGCGGAUAAACAAUGCACUCUUCACUCUGCCUAAACUUUUCUUGAAGUGGAACUGUGAUGGGCACUACUUUGCAUCCUAGUUCUUACAUUUCGUUCAAGAUAUUAUAGCAUGGUCGUCUUGCAUUAUCUAGCAUGACCUUAUCCAGCUAUGUUUUGACGAAAGCUUGUAUAGUAGGCGUGAUUAGAGGCUAACCAUGUUUACUUCCGUGUCUGCCAACUGAUCAAUAGUUCCUUUCAUAUGAUAGUCGCCUUGGCAGAGGAGCUAUCCGAGCUCCAAGAGGUCAAGAAGA